CGCGUCUUCACGGAGCACCCAUUCAUUGGGACCGCCAAUAUGUAUCGACAGGCGACUCAAAAGACCUCUGAGGUCUUGUCGCUGCCGUCGCAAUACCUCGGCAUGUACUCCGAAUUCAUCACCAAGAACAGCAGCGCCGUGUCGCAAAUCGAAUCCGCACUGCGGUCGUUGACAUACAUCAUACCAGGUCGCUUCCGUGAAUCUGAGAUCGCAUCCGAAUCAUUACAUAGUGGCGUGCAACUUCUCGCACUCUAUCAUGACUCUCUACUCGCAAAGGCGAUGGCACGCCUGCCGAAUCUGCAGCGCCAACAUCCCACACCUCACAAUCGCUACACCAAGUUCUGGACACAAAGGUCGCCGACUUACAAGCGCAUCGCACUCGUGCUCCAAAUGAUACAGUAUACAGAGCUCUUAUGGGAAAUGGCGGCAAAGAGAAAGGGCGAGAAGGUGCGAUGGCGGGUCGUGGUACUACUUGAAGGUGUCAAGGCCUUGUGCAGAUUACUGCUAUUGCGAUUGACAAACUCGAGACCCUUGGUAUCGCCACCCCUGCCGCAGAGGGAGGUCGAUCCCAGCUCGCUGGAGGAUUCUUCGGCCUCGGCGAACGGAAUGGACACGCCACCGAGCGAGCAGUCGACGGAGGAAGAAAACUGGAAGAUGCCUCGUACCGGAUUGUCUAUGCCCAGUCUGCCCGACUCUUCCGACAUCUCUAGCUACCUCCUCUCCAAAGUUCUUACCGCAGAUGACAUCAAACCUCCAAAAGCACUGCUUCACAGAGUCAGUGGCAAGGGAGAGAUGGCCGAAGUGUUGUACAUUCUUCGGCCGGUCGUAUACGCACUUGCAAUGCAGCACUUUAGCGGGGAUAGGAAGAGCUGGCGUCCGUGGUUGAUUGGCUUGAGCAUAGAGUAUGGCGCACGGCAGCUGGCCAAGAACGAUUUCCAAGAAAGGCUUGCUGGUGGGUUGAGAGGCCUAACUGGACUAGAGAAGGAGGAGUUGAGAAAACGGGGCUGGUCGAUGGGGUGGUGGAUGAUGCGUGGGGCCUUCUACGAGAACAUCACGAAGGCUUGGAUACACGCUGUCACCCGGAGGCUCCGAAACAAACCACUUCUCGACAUCGUCGGAGGUGUCAUUGAGGAUUAUGAGUUCCUCUGGGACCAAUAUUAUUUCCCCACAGCAACACUCUGA